CACGCUCUCUUCUCUCACGAUACAGAGAAGGCAAAUAAAAACACAACCUUUAUUCUACACCUGUUCUCAAUUAGUCAAUAUUCUCUCCUCGCACAUUCACAAUGAGCUCCUCUCUUGACCAGCUCAAGGCCACUGGCACCGUUGUCGUCUCUGACACUGGUGACUUUGCUGCCAUCGCCAAGUACAAGCCCCAGGAUGCCACCACCAACCCCUCCCUCAUCCUGGCCGCCUCCAAGAAGCCCGAGUACGCCAAGCUGAUAGACGUCGCCAUCGACUACGCCAAGCAGAAGGGCGGCGACAUUGAGCAGCAGGUCGACGAUGCCCUCGACCGCCUGCUGGUCGAGUUCGGCAAGGAGAUUCUCAAGAUUGUUCCCGGCAAGGUCUCCACCGAGGUCGACGCCCGGUUCUCCUUUGACACCAAGGCCUCUGUCGACAAGGCCCUCCACAUUAUCGAGCUCUACAAGGAGCUCGGCAUCCCCAAGGAGCGCGUCCUCAUCAAGAUCGCCUCCACCUGGGAGGGCAUCAAGGCCGCCGAGAUCCUGCAGCGCGACCACGGCAUCAACUGCAACCUGACGCUCAUGUUCUCCCUGCCCCAGGCCAUCGGCGCCGCCGAGGCCGGCGCCUUCCUCAUCUCCCCCUUCGUUGGCCGCAUCCUCGACUGGUUCAAGGCGAGCACCAAGAAGGACUACUCCAAGGAGGAGGACCCCGGUGUCGCCUCCGUCAAGAGCAUCUUCAACUACUACAAGAAGUUUGGCUACAAGACCAUUGUCAUGGGUGCCUCGUUCCGCAACACGGGCGAGAUUACCGAGCUCGCUGGCUGCGACUACCUGACCAUUUCUCCCAACCUGCUCGAGGAGCUCCUCAACUCCACCGAGCCCGUCCCCAAGAAGCUCGACGCCGCCGCCGCUGCCUCCCUUAACAUUGAGAAGAAGUCGUACAUCAACGACGAGUCCCUGUUCCGCUUCGACUUCAACGAGGACCAGAUGGCCGUCGAGAAGCUGCGCGAGGGCAUCAGCAAGUUUGCCGCCGACGCCGUCACCCUCAAGGACAUUCUGAGGCAGAAGCUGUCUGCUUAAGCUAAGCAAUUCUCAAGGAGUGUAAAUUGGUGUCAAGGAGAGGAGGGGGGCAGUAAGUUGUGGAGGAC